UUGUCAAUGCAUGUCCGGUUCACUGUGUUUUGGUGUUACGUUGCUGCAGAAUUGCAAGGUCUGAAGUAUCUGCUGCAAGGUAUCGGGCAGAAUUACAAGAGCGACUCGCAGACUUUGGAAAACGGGGGACUGUGGCCGUCCGUUUUUAAUUUGGCGACGAAGGCGUCGGUAUCGGCGAACGCGACGUGCGGGGAGGUCGGCAGGGAGGAGUUCUGCCGGUUGGCCGAGAACGGCAGGGGAAAGUGUGGGUACUGCGACCAGCUUGGUCAGGAUACCACCAAGCAGCAUUCCGUUCAGAAUGUCAUCGACGGCAGCAAUCGGUGGUGGCAGAGUCCCGCGUUGUCCAACGGGCCGGAGUUCGAGUAUGUCACCAUUACCUUUGACCUGAAGCAAGUAUACCAAGUGGCUUACGUGACAUUAAAGGCGGCCAAUUCCCCCCGACCGGGUUCUUGGAUUUUGGAACGGUCAAUCGAUGGAAUGGAUUACAAAGCGUGGCAGUACUAUGCGAGAAACGACAAGGAAUGUUUCGAACGCUAUGGCAUUUCUCCUACUAAGGGCAAGCCGCAUUUCUACACGGAUUCAGAAGUUAUCUGCACUUCGUACUAUUCAAAGUUGGCACCCUUUGAAAAUGGAGAGGUGCAUGCGUUUUUGGUGCAAGGGCGUCCCGGCGCCAACGAGUCCAGUCCCGAACUUCUCGAGUUCACGAAGGCGCGAUUCGUUCGUCUGAAAUUUCAGGGAUUCAAAGCGGCGGUGGAACCGACGCCGAAAUGGCUCUCGCAGGAUAACUUCAGGGAUAAACGACUCUUCUAUUCGAUUAGGGAUAUAAGCAUCGGAGGUCAAUGCGUGUGUAAUGGGCAUGCAGCAAAUUGUCGACAUAAUGUCGCCUCAGGGCACCCAGAAUGCGAGUGCUCGCACCAUACAUGCGGGCCGAAUUGCGAAAGAUGCUGUCCAUUGUACAACCAGAAGCAGUGGGGACCGGGAUCGUCUCGGGAUGCCAGGAAAUGUAUCCCGUGCAACUGUCACGGGCACUCCGUGAGCUGUCAUUACGAUGAAGAAGUGGAUAAAGCCGGUCUUAGUCUGGAUGCGGAUGGCAAUUACCAAGGAGGCGGAGUUUGCGAUAAUUGUACGGAUUUCACCACGGGGGUGAAUUGCGAGCGGUGCGUUCAGGGGUACUAUCGCCCAACUUCCGUUUCGCCAGAUGCGAGGACGCCGUGCUUCAAGUGCGAAUGCGACAAGUACGGAUCCGUCGGCACGUGUGAACCUGGCGGCGAGUCCGCGGGAAGAUGCGAGUGUCGUAAGGGGUACGCCGGUACGACGUGCAACGAGUGCGCCCCGGGCUAUCGUGGCUACCCCAACUGUGAGCUGUGCCCUUGCGAUCCACGAGGCACCAUCCAACACCACGAUUGCGAGAACGAUUGCGUCUGCAAGCCUUUUGCAGACGGAAAGCACUGUGACAAUUGCAAAACCGGCCAUUUUGCUUUGCGCUACGACAACCGCGAGGGCUGCGCGUCCUGCUACUGCUCGGGGGUCACCACCCUCUGCGAAUCUGCCAUAAUCCAACCGAAAAAGCUCGAGUCGGCGGAAGAGUGGAAGGUAACCGACAUCGCACUGAAUAAAGUGGUAACUCCAACCUGGGAUCCCGAUAUACGCACGUGGAUCAUCGGCAACUACGAAAUCCCCGAUGUGGAAGCCUUCUACUGGUUGGCACCCGAAGAUUACCUAGGGAAUAAGUUGGAGAGCUACGGCUCCUACUUUUCCUUCAAGGUGCAGUGGAUAGUAAUGAGAGGGGAUACCAGUGGAAAACCCACGGCCGGACCUAAUAUUAUUUUGGUUGGAAAUAACGGUAUGAAAAUUGGAUUUGGCGAGGAGCAAUACGUUGGAAAGGACAUGGAGUUUCGGAUCAAGCUCCAAGAGUACGACUGGUAUCACGUGCCUUCGGAUGUGAAAGAUAUAAUAACUAGACUGCGCAGAACUGAGUAUAAAGGCGAUCCUGUAAGUCGAUUUCAGUUUCUGAGCGUGUUGACUGAUAUUAAAUACAUUUUGUUGCGCGCCACUUUCCACACGGAUCAAAUCGAGGGAAUGCUGGAGGGUGCGGUUUUGGAGACGGGAAUUAUGGGGGAGAACGAAGAUUAUAGCGCCGUCGAGAGGUGCUCGUGCCCUUCGGGGUAUACCGGUCUGUCCUGCGAGAGUUGCGACUACGGUUACGUGCGGAUUGUGACCAACACCACCACGCACCAAGAGCAGGGGUUCUGUGUCAAAUGUGACUGUAACGGUCACUCGAGGACGUGCAAUCCGGAUACGGGCCAGUGCUUUUGUGAGCAUAACACAGUGGGCGAGAAAUGCGAAAGGUGCUCGCCAGGGUUUUAUGGCAAUCCUUUGGGUGGUACCGCUGCCGAUUGCAAAAGGUGCGCGUGUCCUCUGCUGGAACCGGAUAAUAACUUCAGCCCGAGUUGCCAGUUGGAUUUUUUUCCCGAAGUCAGCGAAGACGUGGGCAGUUACGUUUGCACUCAGUGUCCUCAGGGCUACACCGGGGACCACUGUGAACUAUGUGACGAUGGCUACUUUGGAAACCCAUACGAGGUGGGAAAUAAAUGCGAGCCAUGCUCUUGCGGAGGGGGGCCUUGCGACCGAACCACUGGGCAGUGUCUCGGUUGUCCUGGAAAUACAGAGGGUUGGCGAUGCGAAAAAUGUAAAAAGGACUACUUUGGAGAUCCUCUAAACGCCAACUGCCAGGCCUGUUUGUGCGACUCCUUCGGCAGUAUUUCGCCAGAAUGCGACAACAAGACUGGUCAGUGUUUGUGUAAGCCUCACUUCAUCGGAAGAACCUGUGAUACUUGCGAGGCAGGAUUUGGAAACGUGACCGCGACCUGCACCCAGUGUAACUGCAACGAAAUUGGCUCAAAAUCCUUAACUUGCAAUUCGUAUACUGGAAUUUGCGAUUGUAAGUCAGGGGUUGAAGGAUUUAGAUGUGACGCCUGCCAGUAUCUUCACUAUGGAUUUGGCGACAAUGGAUGCGAAAGUAAGUGA